UGAUAUUCUACUUUCAAUUUAACUCUGAAAUCAGAAAUAUGAUACAAUGUUAUUUACUUGUAAGAUAGAAUAAUUAUGGCAGGAGUACUUCAUAAUUCGUGGCUUUUUUCUUUAGAUAUAUCUUGUUUGGAAACCGCGCACCUCAGUUGCAUGAAACAUGUACUUCUCAAGACCGCAGGCGGUUUGUAAAAUUGCCAACUUUGGGAGGAUGAGAUGACGGUCGGUUGUCGGUGAUUGAUGUUGACCUGACACUCAUUCCACUGUCUUUGAUGAUGAUGAAUUCAUGUGAAAUUUCAAUUGAAACGAGGCUGCUAAACUCUGCAGUAUAGUCAACGGUUAAGAACGAUGAAACUUGUGUUGUUUACAUUGCACCUGAUUACAACAAUCACUCGGAAUUUGGUGGAAGGUGGCCAUGACUGUGUUCAUCGCCCGCCCACGCCAGAGGAGGUCAUAUAUGAUGUGAAGAUGGACAGCCACUUGAAUUUGACGAAAAGAAGUAUACACGAGCAACUGAGGAUUAAAAUCAUUAUUGACGACAGCAUUAAAAAUCUUCCAUAUUCCCAUCAGUCUUUGAUCAAUACACUUGUCCAGGAAGCUGCUCAGUAUUGGGAGAACACAUUAAAGAUCAAGCGUUCCUCAGCGAGCACCAUCCGCCUCAAUAGGCAGUGUGUCAAUAACAUGGUUGUUUAUGAACGAGGAGAUCGCUACUGUGUGGGCUACUGUUCUCCAAAAACAAAGUGUGGAGAUUUUCUAAUUCCAGAGCAACAUUUAGAGCGAUGUUACUAUCAUGAUCAGAGAAGUGGCAAACUAAAAAGCUCGGGCCAAGCCGGCACUGGUGUCACAAAAGCAGAUUUUAUUCUGUACGUGGCUGCACUGCCUUCUGCUAAAUGCCAACAAGCCAAAACGAUUGCUUACGCAGCUCACUGCCAACAGGAAAUCAUGUUAGAUAGACCUGUAGCUGGUUACAUCAGUAUUUGUCCUGAUUCUGUGUCAACUCGCACACAUGACAGAACUCAGCUACUGUCCACAAUGAAGCAUGAAAUCCUGCAUGCUCUGGGAUUUUCUGCAGGGCUGUAUGCUUUCUACAGAGACCAGUAUGGAAACCCCCUAACAUCAAGAGAUCCCUCCAGCAACAAGCCAAAACACACUCACCCCUUAUUCAAAUUCUACAUCUGGAGUGAUCGCGUGAUGAAGGAGGUCAUACGAUAUGGAUGGAAAACCGCUGGGGGAGGCAUAAACAGAAAUGUCCGUCUGAUAGUCACCCCAGCAGUGCAGAGAGAAGUCCGCCGCCAUUUUAAUUGCCCCAGUUUAGAAGGAGCUGAGGUAGAGAACCAAGGGAUUUAUGGGACCUCAGUCACACACUGGGAAAAACGCCUGUUUGAGAAUGAGGUGAUGACUGGUACAUACACACAGAAUCCUGUCAUUUCCAGGGUAACACUGGCUCUAAUGGAGGACACUGGGUGGUACCAGGUGAAUUACAAUAUGGCAGAAGAUCUAGAGUGGGGUAAAAAUUUAGGCUGCAAUUUUGUGACGAAGAGUUGUAAAGAUUGGAUGGAUUCCCACAGACCUCUAUCGUCAGACAUGCACCCGUACUGUAAGCAGCUCAGACAAGGAAUGUUGCGGACAGACUGUACACGAAACAGGAAAGCUGUGGCGUUUUGUAAUCUGGUGGAAUACUCUGGACCUAUACCCCCUGAAUAUCAGUACUUUACCUCUGGGUCAGGUGUACAAUGGUCGGGGGACUUCAGAAGACUGGGAGGCUCUGUGGAGCUGGCAGAUUACUGUCCUUAUCUACAGGAGUUUAUCUGGAGAGAAAAUGAUGUUAAUGUCAGAGAUUCCAGGUGUUUUCUGCCAGGGAACGUCCCCAAGCCCUCUCUAAACUUCUAUGGGGAGUCUUAUGGUGCCAACUCUCUGUGUGUCAAUCACGGAUCUUCUCUGUGGACAUUACAGCAGUGCAAUAGGCUUAUCCACACCACACAUGCGGGGAGUGGCUGCUACCAGUUUGAGUGCCAUCAAACAGCUGGUCUAGUGCUGUAUGUCCAGGGUAUGAGUUACCAGUGUCUACAGACAGGACAAAGAAUCCACGUUCGAUUUGUGUCCACUUCCUUCCUCCAUGAUGGAUACAUUAUUUGUCCACAUUGCCCAGACGUCUGUCAUGAUAGAGGAGUCCUGUGUCCAAAGGAAGUCGUGCCCUAUGACAUCAUCAAUAACAACACACCAGACCUGCACAUUCCUUGUGGUGCCAUCACAUAUUUACGCCGAUCAAACAUCUAUGUCAUCACUGCCGUCCUUGUUCUCUUAAUGCUGUGUCUCCGCCUUACAGUGUAAUGUAGGGCGGUGCAGUCUCAAUGAUCACGGCAGCAGAAUGGAUGCCUGUACAAUUACUGUGUAAUAUACAGCUGUGUAUGUGAAGAUUUGUUAAAAAGAGAGGCAUAUCCAGCAUAAUAUUGUAGCACUGCAGAGGUUCUCAUACCGAAGAGAGGCAUAUCCAGCAUAAUAUUGUAGCACUGCAGAGGUUCUCAUACCGAGUGGUAUUUGUAUUAACCCACCUUCAAUACAGUCAAAUAUCUGCUAAAUUAUUUUAUUAUACUUUCAUGCAAAAUACUCGAAUCUGAUCGGUCGAGAAGCAUUUGAAAAAACAUAUUGUUACCCUCUAAGAACAGAAAGCACGCGCCCCAGGGUGAUAAUAUCUAGCAACGGGUAACAGUACUUGACAACGGGUGAUAUUAUAAAAAAUUAUCACAUGCGUCAAUUUAUGCGCGUACGGUUCGCCGUAGAUUGUUAGACGACAUCAUUUGAGUGUUUGUAAUAAACGGGAAUACCCGCAUCGAUAUAAGAAAUGUCGCAUGACAGUGAUUGAUCAAAUAUCAACAGACGUAAGUUUUUCUGCUUUCCUGUUUACAUAACAUUCAGUAUAAUAAAACAAAUAUUGCAUGUAGUUGAGGGUAACAUUGAAAUUUUCACCCCUCGAAAAACCAUUGUCAACCUCGGCUACGCCUCGGUAGACAAUGGUUUUCUCGGGGUGAAAAUUUACAAUCUUACCCUCAACUACAUGCAAUAUUUAUAUAAUCACCACCAUAAUGUAAAUAUAUUAUAUGAUAUUGUGAUUAUGCAUUGAUUGUUCUGUUUCAUGAUUGUGCCAAAAACUUUGUGACUAUAUGUACAAUUACACUGUCAAUUGAGCUAAGUUUUGAGUGAGCUCAAAUAUAUAUAUAUAAAUAUGUACAUGUGUUAUAUUUUAGAAAUCAUAUUAUAUCAUAUGAUAAUAAUCAUAUGUGAGUAUUAGUACAUGUAACUGUUGCUCUCGGUACAUGAAGACUGUGUGAUCAGUCGGAGCAGCCUGAAGAUACUGAUGAAGGGAAACUUUCAUUAAUAUGAGUUUUGUAUGUGUGUCUAUCUAGUCUAAUUGUGUGCUAUAUAAUGAUCUGAGUUAUGGACAAUCCCAAGUGAUAUUUACCGCUAUUCUCAUCAGUAAACUUAAAGAGGAAUGGAACCAGACUUAAGGUAUUCAAUGUAUAAUAACCAUAUUUCAUAUCUAAUAAAUGGAUGGUGGAAGUUUUGUAAUCAUGGUAUCAGUUUGAAGGGUUCAUCAAAUAAAAUAAUCCACUGUAGGAAUUUUCAAAAUUUUGUUUACUGCUUGAUUUAUUUCACCUAGAAUUUAACAUUGAAGUAUAUGGGAAAAGCAUGUUUUAUUACAAUAUUUUAAAAAGAAAUUAUAUUUUUAUACAAAUCUCUUGGUAGAAAGUUACAUACACUUUCUCUUAAUGAAAAUAUGAAAUAAAAUUAAUCAUUGACCACACAUUUUUAGAAAAUAAGAUUUUUCUUAUUUUUUACAAAGGGCAGACAACUCUUCCAAAAAGUCUUAAGUGCUAAAAUGUCAGCUUCUAAUCAUUUACCAGUCAUGUGAAUUUCAUCUGCUUCACUUUCAUCAUUAUUCAACAAUGAACAUUUAUGUUGAUCUAAAUCCUUCAAAAUUGUUCAUUAUCCUUUCAUUAUACAUGGAAUACCUUAAGUAAAGAAAAUUUAGGUCUGAGAAGAGACUCGCGAAUCAAGGAUCAAAUGUCUGAAUCCUAUCUUGUCUCAAUAUUUUCUACUCUUUUGAAAUUUGUAUCAAUCUCCACAUUUUUUUUUUUACAAAAAAUUACUACAGAGACAUAGCUGCAUAUAGUGUGUAAAUAUAAUGAAAUAAAAAUCCUGUGUAAAAUCCUAUCACUGUGGUUUGUGAGGGAUAUUCACCAGGCGUGACUAAUCCACACACGCACUGUGAUACUCUGUCCCGAGUUUGUGUUUUCUCUUGGUAGACAACACUUUUAUAUGAUGCACUUCAAUAAACAUCUCUCAUUUUGAAUGUGUGCAAUGGCUGUGCAUUUAUACAAAUGAUAUGCAUAUCCAAAAAGUACAGUGUAUUGUUUAGUUGUUUUAUUAUUCACCUCCUUGUCUGUGUAUGUACAUAAUAUAUUUAAGUGCAGGAUUUUUUAUACAAAUUUGGUGGAAACCUUGAGCAGAAUAGUGGUGUGUUUUGGUGGGUUGGUUUUUUUUAAAUACAAAAAUCAACAUUUUUUACAUUGAUGCAAAGUUCUUUGAGUAAAAUCUCUCAUAUCUUUUGAAGGGCAUUGAUAUGUUCUUUCUCCUUUACCUACAUGCAUAAUACAUGGAAAUAUCUAUUUAUCAAAAAUGUUGUCAUAUUUUGAUUUUUUUCAAUCCCUCGGGAUUUUGAAUCAGGAACGUAUAAAGUGUGCAACUAUGUUUAAUAGAGUUGAAGUUUUAUGAAAGCUGAAUUCUUUACACACUGAUUUUUCUGCAGCAGAAACUGAUUGCAUAAUUGAUUUGAGUAUACAGAACAUUUUCUGAGGAAGAUUUGUUAAUGCUUUGAAUUUUAUCAUUAUUGUUGUUUUUAAGUGUUUUGUGUUGUGAUUAUAUUUUAUGUACAAUGUACUUACAUGUUGGGGUACCUGUAUGUUGAACAUGAAGGUUAAUGUAGCGGUACGUUGUAUGGACUGCUGUGAUUUUAUCUCUUCUGUGCCAUUGUUUAGUAAUAUUAUUUGGGUAUGAAUGUCUUAUAAAAUUAUUUUCUUACACACACACACAUAUAUAUAUAUAUAUAUAUCACAUCAAUUUUUACGUAGUUUGUUUACAAAAUGUCUGGAAGCAAAAUUCCCAACAAUACAGCAACGUAUAUCCUGAAUAACCGAGGGAAGGAGGUUAACAUGUGAUAAAAAGAAUCUACAGUUUUCAUAGUGUAUGUAUUUUUUCUUAUUCCUUCAACAAAUAAAAUCAUGUACAUUAUAACAAUAUUUCAACAGUCAAAACUGUUACAGUAACAGUAAUAAAAUCAACAAAUAAAAUCAUGUGCAUUAUAACACAUUAUAACAAUAUUCAACAGUCGAAACUGAGUAACUGUAACAGUAAUGAAAUGUAUUAAUUUUUUACAUUGUAGUUGAUAGUGAUUUGACCACAAUUAGUAAUGUUAGGUAAAACCGUUAAGGACAAUGAGUUUAACUUACUGUAUGUGCUUUAAAACAUGCUAUUAGAUUGGUCGAUAAAAAUGACAGGAAAUCUAUGGUUGGUCAAGAGAAAAAUCCUGAAUAAACCUUCCAAAGUUAUUGGUACAUGUAAUAUUAAGGUGAACUCACUCUGAAGUACACACCAGGAAAGAUUUGGACCAGUCAGAAAGCAUCAAAUUUCCUGAGCAUUUAGUGAAUUAGUUUUGACACAAGUAUGUAGAUAUCAAUAUUUUAAAUCAUGUCCUAUGUGAAUGGCUAGGUACUAAAUAUACCUGUAUUAUGCAAUAUGUUGAGGUUGUGACAACAAGUACAUGUAAUUACUUUAAGCAGUAACCAGUUUCUUAUGAAUAAUUUAUGGAAUCAUGCUUGAUUAAAUGUGAGACAUGAAAUCUUUAUAGAAUACCUGCAUUAUUUAACAUAAUGUGUACUGCUUCUGCUGAUUUAUCAUGUUAUAUAUGAGCAAAACUCUGUAAUGACCAAACUUUUGAAGGCACUUGGCAAGCAUGGUCUCAGAUUUGGAUAAAACUGACAAAUUGGAGAAAGUACCCCAGAAAUCAAAGAUAUUUUGUUAUUAUGAUGCAUGGUUGCUAUGGAAACCAUAAUAGUGGAUUUUAAUAACUGAGGGUCAACAUUUCAUAGAGCUCUAUAAAGUACAAAAACUUGAGUUUUUACAUGUCCAAUGAUUGAAAUAGUGUCAACUCCUCUGUUACACUCAGAUCAGUAUUUUAAAACAUAAUUGCUGAAAAUUUACUUCUAUCCGAGUUUUAAUUUAGCAACAAAUGAACUGAUGUUGUCAAAUCAUCUGUAGAUGUCCUUUGUCAAGUGCUGGAAAAAGUGAUGGAAUUCUCCACUGAUUCAUAAGAUAAUUAAGUCUUUCAGCAGUAUGUACGGCAUAUUUACAUUGUACUAACAUAAAUACGAAUAAAACCAUAUAUGAAGAUACUUUAUAUACACAAAGAAAUGCAUAAAUUUCAAAUUUUCAUACUUUCUUAACAAGUUUUAAUAUACUUUAAUGAUGCACAGAAUCAUAGUGUUAUUCUUUCUAAAUAAUUGUUUAUGAGUUUUUCAGCAGCCUAAUUGACAUAUAAACUCCUUAAAUGGUUUUUAUGAAAACCAAAGUGUUGGAAAAACUAUAUAUGUCUCUUAUUGAAUAAAUAAACCACGUAGUUUUGAUGAUUGUGGUAUUCAAUAUUUGCAUUUCAAAAACAAAAGUUCUAUUCACAUUUGCAGGUAUAACAUAUCAAUCGGGGGAAAUCAUUUUCCAUGGUGACCCUUUCAACAAAAUCAGUUUUGUAUUUUAUUUAAAAGUUUGUUCUUCCAACUUAUUAAAGCGAUUACGCUAAAUCCAACAAAGAUAGGGGUAGAGGUUUGGUUAAAUUUUAUUACAUGUAAUUUGAGUUGUAAAUAUUAAUCUGAAAUUGUCAUGAACUUUUAUAAAAGCAUUAAAACAUGUAUUAUGGAAAUAAAUUUGUCGCAAAUGCAUGUGUAUCAUCGAAUAUAUUGAUAUUAACCCAAGAAAGGCAAUUUGUUAUUAAAUUAUGCUUUUUGCAAAAAUAAAAAAUAUUUACUGUAUCACA